AUGGCAACGAAUUCAGCUGUCUCGGUGCCUCAUGAGCCCGCUCCUCCAGCUCGAAAUGAAUCCAAGCGCGAGAGGAAGCGCCAACUUCUGCAUGACCGACUUCAACAGAUGUCCGAGAACUUCUCGAGAGGUCGCGACAGUGCCUACCGUGAACAAUUACAAAAGAUUCAACUCGACACCAACCUCAUAAUGCGAGUUGACCCCUACUGCGAGCGCCCUCUCGAGGCCCUCGACCUGGAGCAAACCGAUCCCGCCCUUCUCGGAAAUACAGACCCCGCUACUGCCCGAACUCUGCUUGAGAUGGCCGGCCCAAGGUUUCGAGACUUUGUCCAUGACAUAGAAGACCUUGUCGAGGAGCGUGACUACGAAAUCACCAAGCAAAAGGCUGAAUACGACCGCAAAUGCCAGGAACAUCGAAACGUGUACAACUACAAAGUCCUCCAGGCAAGGCGAGAGCAUCAUUCAUUAGCCUCCACCGUCCGCGAUCGUUUGAUCAAUACCAUAGCAAGCAAGAAAUAUCGUCUCAGCAAAGAAAAGGAGGCACUCGAGAUCAGCGACGCAUCCGCCUUGCUCCUUCACCCGAACCAAUUCAGCAUGACCAACCCGGCUAGCCCGGGAGGGACGCAUGGCAAGCGGGCCACCCGACUCAGGAGAGAGAUGGAAGAAAUGCCCGGGUUUUCGGAGAACAAGAAGAGAAAAAGGAACGCCAAUGAUGACGACGGAUCGCCAGUGCCACAGCGGCGGACGCUGGAUACAAACAACAUCACCCCUGUCUGGCAGAGUGAUAGACUGCGUUUCGGAAAGAGCACCGGUCCAAUCUACAGCAUCGACAAGCUCUUCACCGACAAAGAGCUAUCAAUGACUUACAACAAUGCUGCGCUCGCGGCCCACAAGUAUAUGCUCCGGCACAAAUCCAAAGAUGGUGUGGUAUCAUCGCCUUCGGAAAGCGGCCCCGAGGAACAUGAGGAAGGUGAGGACGGCACAGACUCUGUCCCCUCUGCGCCCGUCAUGGAGCGUCAGGUAUCGCAUGCGACCAGAAGUACGCGAGGCGGUACACACAAUCCCAAUUUCUACGACAACAAAUUGGUUGGAAUCGAGGCGCUUGCCAAUUUCGAGCUGCCUGGCAAUCUUGAGAGGCUUGACGCCCAGGAGCCCAGGCUUCCACCGAUCGUACCUGCGCCAUACAACAAGGCAAAGCCUAUGACCGAGGCCAGUGGCCCGGCUCCUCUUGCGGUAGAUGAUGCUCUUGCGGACCUGCAAGCCAUUUCUGUGCUGCGUCAGUACGAGCAGCUUCACGGCGUGGGGUCAAAUUUCGACGUCCCCAACGGCGGUCGAAAAGUGCUCGAGGCUGUCGCUGCGGGCCCUCGGGAGGAGAAGUUCGUCGCCUACCUGCAAGGAGAUCGGCCAAGCGCAGACGAUCUCCGCGUAGAACUCAAGGUUGAAGUCAGUAAUGUGCGUGGAGAGCCGGGCCCAAGCUCUUUACAAGCACCCGCCAUGGCUGGUGUCCCUAUGAGCCGCCAAAACUCUGGUGGAGUGGCUAUGAGCCGACAGAUGAGGGAGCGUCGAGACAUCAAGCAAGCAUGA